GUUGAGCCUUCUGAUACUAUAGAAAAUGUAAAAGCCAAGAUCCAGGAUAAGGAAGGCAUUCCUCCUGAUCAGCAGCGACUGAUUUUUGCUGGUAAGCAGCUAGAAGAUGGACGCACACUGUCUGACUACAAUAUUCAAAAAGAAUCAACUCUUCACCUUGUGCUGAGACUUCGUGGUGGUGCCAAGAAAAGAAAGAAGAAGUCUUACACUACUCCCAAGAAGAACAAGCAUAAGAGAAAGAAGGUUAAGCUUGCAGUGCUCAAGUACUACAAGGUGGACGAGAAUGGCAAGAUCAGUCGGCUGCGCCGGGAGUGCCCCUCUGAGGAGUGUGGAGCAGGAGUCUUCAUGGCUAGUCACUUUGACAGACACUAUUGUGGCAAGUGCUGUCUGACAUACUGCUUCAAUAAACCAGAAGACAAAUAAAUGUACCAGACAAUAAAAAUCUGAAGUUCUGUA